AUGGCGACGCUGUAUUGGGUGCAAAUAUGUCUGGUUCUGGAAGAAGGCAACUUGUGAUGCUGCAUUUCGAUUCCAAAAAGAUUGAAAUCUGCAUUUUUGCGUGAGCAGUGAAAGGAGUGUACUUAAUAUUUGCACCGCGGAAAGGGCAACAUGCGUCAUGCGGAAUAGGCAUAAAGAAGCCCUGAAAAAAACUGUGAUGCUAGGGCAUGCGCAUGCAUCACAAACAUCACAGCAACGGCUCAUGCAGAACGUGCAUGACAAGUCUCCGAAGCUUCCAGACCCAGACAUAUUUGCAUUCCAUACGCUGAUGAGUUCGACAUUGUGGAGGAGGAUGACAACGCCGAAGAAGAGGAGGUAUCAACUGCAAAUAUGUCUGUCUUCUGGAAAUAUGCGACUAUGUUAUUUGUCAUGUAUCUUCUGCACCACAUCCAUUCCACAUAUUUGAAGACCUGGAAUGCAGACAAAUACAAAAGCAAUACAGGUCUUGCGCAUGUCCAAUGCCUAUGACCGCAUGAGAAGUUGGAUCUUUGCUUCGCAAGAAACUGGCAACUAUUGGUGCUCACGCAACACAAAUUUUUCUUUUUGUGCCCUCCACAAUUCGCAUGACAACUUCGUUCCAUCCUUCCAGACCCGGACCCAUUUGCAACGCAUAACACGGGGACGAGGAUGACAACGCUAGCGACGACGAGGAAGAAGACGAGGAGGACGAUAUCCUGAGUAAAAAACGUCCCCACCCCAGAUUUGUCAUGCAAAUCUGCAUGCCAAAAAAGUUUUUCAUGCGGAGCCCCUUGAGAGCCAUUUUCUAAUCCCGUUUUGGAAUUUGUGAUGCUAAAAUCAGCAUGAAGAUAUUGUGAUGCUGCUGGAGCUAGCUAAAAAGGAUUACACUACGGGGUCCAAAUUUGUCAUGCAAAACAACCAAAGCUGGUUGAUUUGUCUAGCAGAUUACCCAUCUUGACUCUGGUGCGGGGAUGUUUUUACAUAGGAUAGACGAGGACGUGGACGAGAUCGACAACGACGAGGAAGUAUGAACUGCAAAUAUGUCUGGGUCUGGAUACUUGUAUUGCUGGGUUGUGAAUAUUUGUAUGUUCUGUAAUGCACACCCAAGGAUGAGAAGCAUCUGCGGUCCCUACCCCUAGUAUUGCGCUUUCCGCAUGACAAACUGUGUUUCUGAUUCUGCAUGACAAGUAAAAGGAUCUCUUCUUGGGCACGCGUCGCAAACUCUUCAGUCGUGCCAGACAAGCAUGACAAACCUUGCAUCCUUCCAGACACAAACAUAUUUGCAUUUGAUAGCAAGCCAACCACGAGCAGCAAAACGAGGCGGAAAACCAGGUCGAAGACGAUGAGGAGGGCUAUGCUGCACAAUCUUCGAGUCGGGCCGCUUUUUUUUGUGUUGUUAGUCUCUCAGUUCUUUCUAGUUAGCAUAGCUCGUCUUGAUCGUGUGCCGUGCAUUUGUAGCUAGAUCUUUCAGGCUGCUACUCAAGUGCUAUUGAUUUACCAGCCAGUUGUCUGGUGCAAAUGUACGGAGCAAUAAAAUCUAUACGAGAUGAAAAUUUCAUGAUCAUGAAUGCGCCUCGUCUUCUAGUAGAAACAAACUCCCUUUCACUUCGCGAGGCGCAACACAAAAAACUCGCGUUGACUCUCCGUUCCGCUGCCAUAAUCGUAAGCACCUGGUCGGCUACGCCCACUACUUGCACGUCUUCGCCAAGGAGUUCGGAUGGUUUUGUUGCUACCUCGACGAGCCCUUCCGCUUCUCCGAGAAAAAAGCGGUACCGGGAGCAGUGAACAAAAGUAACGAAGCAGUGGAUGAUCCGGAACCCCCAAAUCCGCCGAAGUUUUUCCCAAACGGCAGGAAAAAUCCGCAGUGGAAGCGCGGGAAAGAUAAGUGGAAGAAGUGGUACGAGAGGGAACGGAAACGCAAGGAAAAACUGGAGCAACAGGCGAACGAGGAGGAACUGCAGAGCACCAACCUGUUUUUCCGGAUUCCGAAAUUGCUCUACAAGAAAAGCUAUCCACUGCUAAUAUGUCUGGGUCUGGAAGGGUGCCAUCUUUGUCAUGCACAUUUUGCAUAGCCAAAAAUGUCUCUGAUGUAUGCCGUAAUAGUACAGAUUUUGCGAUGACUUUCUUCCGCAUUAGAGCUAAAAUUGGACCGCUUUUGCUAUUCAUGCAAUACAGAUUUCAAGUAUAUUCUCACAUUCCAAAGGCAGCGUCACCAGUUGCAGCACUCUUCCAGACCCAGACACAUUUGCAAUGCACAAAAGCUGUGGCGUGAAAUGCAAAGACCCAAAACCGAAGUGGAACUCCUUGACCUGGUCGGCGCUUUUUGUCAUCACCGUGGGUCUGUACCUCGGGGUAUCGCUUGGGAUUGUGUACCGGUGGGUCUUUUCUGCCGGUAACGGCAGUCUAGCGCUUUUCGCCGGCGUAGAUGAAGAAUCCGGCUGCACUGCGCCGAUCACCGGAGGUGGAGAGUGCUCUGAAGGUACGUAGCUACUCUUCGGUUUUGUCAUGCGCAUCUUGAUCUUGCCGUACCUUCUUGAAUUUGGAUGGGUGGCUAUUAAGUAAUAGGUCGAGCGUAUUGCUACUACUCUCGGGUACAAGUCUCAUUUCAUGUAAAGCAGAUUUCUUUAUAUUUCCUUUGUGUUGCAUCUCUCAUUCUCCUUAUACAUAAUCUCGCUUCAGGUGUGGCAACAUCGGGACAGACAGGAGGCACGAUUUCUGCAGCCGCGGACGCGGCCACAACCCCCACAGAGAAGGAGGUUGUUUUCGCGUCCGAAAAAUUACCGCAGCUACCAUGGGCGAAGAAGAAGCCGCAGCUACCGGAAGAAGAAGCCGCAGCUGCCGUGGCCGAGAAGGUGCGGACGUCUACAUUACCGCAGUGCAAAAUACCUCCGCCCCAUAUCUGUUGCUGGAGGACAUCUGUACACACAUACUUAGCCUGGUUGGGCAUGCAGAAGGCUAGCAAUUCGGCAUAGGUAUACAGGAUUACAGCAGUUGAAAUCGCAUGUUGAAAGAUUGGCGGUGGAAUGCGCCACGUCGUGGCAGCUGCCAUUCCCCCUAUCCACAAGCCAACGCUGAUGAUCUGUGGCCGCAAACAAGUGUCACAAAGAUUCCAUUUUGAGUAUGGGGAGGCGGGAUUUUUCCUCACGAUGUGCAUCCCGCAAAGGCGCCAACACCAAGGGCGAGGAGGCGGUUGACCGAACCGAAGACGCGAGGAAAAUCCUCCGGAACAAAAACACAUCAUCCCUUACGACUGGCAAGACCGAAGAACCCCAGGGCGCAACAGGCAGUAGAUUCGCAGCGGAUAGGCAGAAGACCACACAUACCUCCACCGACGCUGAGCAAUCUUCGUCGCGAUCGCCGGUAGUGGAGGAGCACAACGAAGCUGCAAAAGUCAAGGGAAAGGAGAAAAAACGGGUCUACAAGAUCAGACCGGGCCGUGACUACACGGACCGGUCUGUUCCGCGCCGAGCGGUCACGGACGCGCUCAGAGCGUUUGUUGAUCAGGGCGGAGUCGAGUCCGUUCGCAGGUUGCACCAAGCAAAAAUCCUCCGGGAAAAAAACGACGACACAUCAGCGCCGGGUCCCCGCCUCGAUCCUGCUUCUCCACCUUCCGAGGCGCCUUCCCCCACUGCCGGCGCUGUCUUCUCUCCUGCGCCUACUUCUAUCGCCGAGGGCGAUCCUGCGUCUUCGGACUCCGGAAUCCCGCUGACCACCAGCAGGGGGCGGGUUGGUGACAACGACUCGCGCCCGAGGAAAUUCGAGUCCGCGCCCACCGCCCAACCACUGGAGCACGAUAACGAGCAUCAUGCGAGAUUAUAUGCGAACUAUGACCACCUUCCCUGA